GGGCCUGGAGAGCCGCAGGGUUUGCUGGCUUUCGUCUCCACCUUAAAGUUAACUGUGUAAUCAACGGCUUUCAUUGAUCAAUUAAUGCCAAGUAGCAACGAAAGCACACCCUCCGGCUCUCCAGGACCAGGGUUGCCGACCCCUGGGCUAGUUCGACAUUCAUUUAACAUGGCCUAAUUACCGUUUUGUUAGGUUAUUAUCAUUGAAUGUUUAAAAUAAUCAAACGGUAGCAUUUUGAGUAUUUGUCGUGUCUGUCGUUUGUCGUUACCGUAAACCGCAAUGUAGAUGCGCACUCAAAAAGGAAGUGUGCGGGAGAGAGCAGUCUUCAGGUAAAAAUCUGAAAGACUUUAUCCAAAGCGCUGUACAAUUGAUGGUUCUCCAUUCACCCAUUCAUACACACACUCACACACCGACGGCGAUUGGCUGCCAUGCAAGGCCCCGACCAGCUCAUCAGGAGCAUUUGGGGGUUAGGUGUCUUGCUCAGGGACACUUCGACACAGCCCGGGCGGGGGAUCGAACUGGCUGCCAGACGACUGCUCUCACUGCCUGAGCCAUGUCGCCCCAGGAUAGGAUGAGGUGCACUCCAUUUUAGGCACCUACACUGCGGUGACCCGUUCUGAGUUUACUUCAGUUCUGUGGCUCGAUGGCGAAGCAGUUGACUCCUACAGCAGCGAUGGCGCGGUCAUCAUGCCCAUGCGAAACUGGAUGCGUGAAGGUGGCGGCCAUGAUCUGUGGAACACAGUCAGACGCCUCAAUAUGCAGCAAUGGGACAGAGGCAGAACUGCCAUCUUAAAUGACAAAGGAAUUCAAAUGGCUGGUGCUGGCGUCCUGCAGGGGAGAUUCGGCUGUGAGAUCGAGCAAAACCCGUAUCUAAGCAUUAGGAGCUUCUUUGCACAGUUUGGAUGGAAUGGACUGGACUUCCUGUCCUUCAGCUUCUCCAGGCAAAAGUGGGAGGCUUCAGUGGGAUCUGCUGUCCCCAUUGAAACCAAGUGGAACAGUGACACGGACAUCAUCAAAAAUACGUCAUUCUACUUAGACUUCUUCUGCGUGAGACAUGUGAUGAGAAGUUCGUCCUACGAAGAAAAGGAGAGCCAGGAGACACCUCAGCCUACUGCUGCAUUAUUCGCUAAGAGAUACCUGAAAGCUGGGAAGGUUAUUCUUACCUGCCUAGUUUCAGGAUUUCGCUGCAUUAACAUGACGGUGGGGUUUUAUCGGGAUAAAGACAUCUUGGCUGAAAAAGAUGGCCUUUUGUCCACUGGGAUCAGACCGAACGGGGAUGGGACCUGCCAGCUGAGAAAGAGCUUGUACAUCUCAAACAGCACUGAGGAGCCCUAUAACUGUGGAGUCCAUUUUGGACAUCUGACGGUCAAAUGGGACGGGAAGAUAUGGGACCUGGCUGUAGACCAUAGCAAGAGGCAUCACUACUGGUUACUAGCACCUAUAGUGCUUUUAAUUUUGAUGCUGAUGCUCAUAUGGUUCACAGCUGUGAAACAGGACAAAUUCACCACAGAAGUGUGACCCUCGCAUCUUAUCUUGCAGUCACACUGAGGGAACUGACUGUGACAACCACAGUCCUACCGCCAGUUUAAAUCCUCUGCCGAUGUGAUCUAGAUCUGGUGGCUCUGCCGAAAUAUGGCAGGAUGUGGCGGAUUUUUAUGUAAUUCUUUUUUAGGUUCCUUUGUUUUGUUUAGUUUGAUAU